CUGCCUGCACAUGGCAUGCAUGGCGAAACAUUGAAGUUGUGCGGAUACAAAAAUGGGCAAGUCGAAGAAGGGAAAAUUGGCAAAACUAGGAGGCGAUCCUGUCUCACGAUCGUCAGCACUCUCAGAGCAGAUCUUGGAAAACAAGGAUGUGCGUUCGAAAGGAAGGGCGAAAGAAAGACAGAGACAGGACGAGGAUGAAACGUAUGUUGACGAGAGACUGUCCCGUAAGAUCUUAGAGCAAGCGCGUCUUCAACAGGAAGAACUUGAGACAGAGCAUGGAACAUCCAGGAGUGAGAAAAGACCCACCACAAGUCUGGGUCCGACGAGAGCAGAGGAGUCGGAUGAUGAAGAUGACGUGGCCGAACAAGAAGACAAAUAUGAUUAUAACAUUGAUGUUAACGAAGACGAUGAGCGGGCCUUGGAGAGAUUCAUGGCCCAUAAUGCACCUGCUAGACGGACCCUCGCUGACAUCAUCAUGGAAAAACUCACCGAGAAACAGACAGAAGUCGCUUCCCAGAUGACUGAGAGCGGUCAAAUUCUACCGGAAUUGGAUGAGAGGGUCACGCAGGUGUAUAAGGGUGUGGGUCAGAUUCUGUCAAGGUAUCGGAGCGGCAAGCUACCCAAAGCAUUCAAGAUAUUACCAUCACUCCGGCUUUGGGAACAGAUUUUGUACAUAACAGAGCCUGACAAAUGGACCGCUGCCGCGAUGUACCAAGCGACAAGAAUAUUCACCAGCAACUUGAACGCCAAAAUGGCUCAGAGAUUUUUCCACUUAAUUCUGUACCCAAGAGUCAGGGACGACAUCGCGGAAUUCAAACGGCUCAACUUCCACUUAUACAUGGCUUUGAAGAAGGCUCUGUUUAAGCCGGCUGCGUUCUUCAAAGGAAUUCUUUUGCCCUUGUGUGAGAGUGGAACCUGCACCUUGCGAGAAGCCGUCAUCGUCGGCAGCAUCCUAUCCAAGACCACCAUCCCUGUCCUCCACUCCAGCGCCGCGCUCCUCAAGAUUGCCGAGAUGGACUACAACGGAGCCAACAGCAUCUUCCUCAGAACCCUCCUGGACAAGAAAUACGCUCUGCCUUACAGGGUCAUCGAUGCAGUCGUCUAUCACUUCAUCAGAUUUCAGCUCGACAAACGAGAGUUGCCGGUCCUGUGGCACCAGAGCCUACUCACGUUUGCCCAACGGUAUAAGGAGGACCUCGCGAAAGAGCAGAAAGAAGCACUGCUUGACCUCUUGAGGGCUCACUCACACAUGGGCAUCACGCCCGAGGUAAGAAGGGAACUCAUGAACUCCAAGUCACGUGAUACUGAGGAGCCAAUGGCGUCGUAGAGCUAGGAGACUCACAAGAGUGCAUCACAUGUGAAGUACGGAGAUAACAUUAAUUUGGCCUCGACAUGGAUCACCCAAAAAACAAAGAACU